AUGAGCUGGUUCGUCCUAGAGGAGAUUAACUCUCUCCCCGGGUCGCACGGCGGCGGCGACGACGGCCGGUCCGUUCCGUCCCGCGAUGCGGCCGCUGGCCAUGGCGAGUCGCGGCGCUGGAGAGCCGCGUCGCGCUCGGACUGGAGGUCAGAGUGGCGAUCGGAGAGGAGAACGGAGUUUAAGGAGCAAGGUGAGACGGACACGCACCGCUGGAGGUCGGAGGCUAGAGGUCGAGGGAGGGAAGAGCGGGAAGAGCGCGAAGAGCGGGAAGAGAGGGAAGAGAGGGAGCGGGUGGAAGGCCAGCGGAGGCGGAUGGGGUCGAGAGGGCUUUACGGGAUGCACGGCGGAUUGCACGGCGGAUUGAACGGGGGAUCGCACGCGCAGCACGAUGAUGUCGAGCUAUCCGACAGCCAGGGGCAGGUGGACAGCGAUGGUGACGUGGCGGACGAUUUUAUCGAGGUGGAGCAGUGCCCGUAUCCCCGCGAUUCCCGGGAUCACUUUCGCGAGAGGAGGGUUCGCGGCAGUUGCAGCGGCGGAGCAGGCAUGCGAAGCAGCAGGAGAGCGAGGAGGGCGGGUGACGUGAUCGACCUCACAUCGGAUAGCGAUGGCAGUAACGGCAGCGACGGCAACGAUGGCGCUGCUGGCGCUGCUGAUGCCGCUAAUAACCGCGCGUGUGGUGCCACUACCACCGCCACCACCACCGCCACUGCUGCUGCUGCUGCUGCCGCUGCUGCUGGUGGGUGGGGCAGCGAAUGGGGCACGGCUCCUCCCGAGUGGGCGAGCGAGGACGUGAGCGAAGACGUGAGCGUGGAUGUGGAGUGUGCGGUCUGCCACGCGCUCGUUCCAAUCGACCGCUCUCUGGAUCUCCCCCGCUGCUCCUGUCUGCUCUGCCUCUCCUGCGCGCGCGCGUCCUUCCGCCCGCAGCUGCUCGAGCUGAAAGCGCAGCUGGCGGGGGAGCGGCACACGGCGAGGCACGUAGCAGACAAGGGAGAUAAGGCAGAUACAGCGGGCAAGGCAGACACGGCAGAAAAGGCAGGCAAGGCGGGCAAGGCAAGCAUGGAGAAGGUAUCAGCUGGGGGAGGGUUAUUUGAGAGGCUAGAAUCGCCGGCGGUAUCUUCUGAUAGUAGAGAUUCCAUGGGCUGCCCGUGCUGCGGCCAGCCAGUCCCAGCCCUCCACGUGCAAUCCCUCCUGCCCGAGGAAUUCCGGCAGUGGGAGGAGGCGGCGACGUCCGCGGCCCUCGCGGCGUUUUCCCGGGCAGAUGAAUUUGUCCGCUGCCCGGGAUGCAACGUGCUGGUGGAAAAGCUGCCCGCAGAGCCACCGCCCGGCGCGAUCCUCUCCGGAGUUCCCGAGAUCGACCGGACGGCGCCGAUGGCGGAGCGAGACGAGGAAGGGCGCGUGCUGUCGCGGGAAGCGAUUGUGCACAAGGCGGGGAACAGGUUCCGGUGCGGGGAGUGCUCGGUGGUGUUCUGUGGGUCGUGCCGCGCGCACCCGUAUCAUCUGGGGCUGUCCUGUGCUGCUUAUGCUGCGCGGCUUGCUGCUCCCAAGUGCUUUGACUUAGCAGCAGUGGCAGCGCUGGCAGCGCGUGUGUGCGGUGAGGAGCAGUGCAGGGAGAAGCUGAAGGCGGCCUGCACGCGCACCAGCCCCUGUGGCCAUCCGUGUGGGGGCGUGCGUGGGGAGGUUCAGUGCCUGCCCUGCCUGCAGGAACCGUGUCUUGGGAAACAUCGCGCACCCGCCGCUGCUGCCACUGCUUCUGGUGGUCAUGGUGCCGGUAGCAGCAGCCAAGCAGCCGGCAAAGGCAAAUCCAUCCUUCACUCCUCCACUGCUGCUCCACCCCACACGAGCCCGCCUCUCCCGUCUGCCAGUGAUUUCUGCCCCAUCUGCUGGGUAGAACCUAUCUCUGCCGCGCCUGCCAUCCGCCUGGCUUCGUGCGGCCACGUGGUGCACGUGGCGUGCGCAAGGGAGAAGAUCCGCCGCUCGUUCCCCGGCCCAGACAUCUCGUUUGGGUUCCUGGCUUGUCCGCUGUGCCCUGCCACUACCAUGGCACACCCUGCUCUGCAGGCAGAGCUGACGGCGCCUCUGGUGCUCAAGCAGCAGGUGGAGGAGCUGGCAGUUGAGAGGAUGAGGGCGGAAGGGUUGUUUGGGGAUGGGGGUGGGGCCAGGGCCAAUGGGGUUCGUGUGGAUGGUUGGGAUGGUGGGGAGGGUGACAGGGAGAGGCGUGGAGUGCGCAAGAGGCACGGUGGUGGUGUGGAUGGGCAUUUGGAGGGGUAUGGUGAUGCUGGCGGGAGGGGUUCACAGAGUGGGAAAGGGCGUGAGAAUGGGAGGGAGAGCAGUGGGAGUGGCGGCAGCAGUGCGGGUGGUGAUGUGUUGGCUGUGGCCUUGCGGCGGUUCUUGUUCUUCCUCUGCUCCCACUGCCAGCUUCCGUACUUUGGUGGUGACAGGAGGUGCGGCGCCGGACCUGCUGCCGCCGAGCCUGAUGAUCAGGCCGGGUACGGAGGGCCAGGAUUGGGUCAAGCGGGAGGAGCGAGGGAUGGUGGAGGGGAGGAAAGGGCAGGAGCGAGAGGAGGUGUGGUUAAGCCAAAGAGCAAUGAGCUGGUGUGUGGUGAUUGCCUGGCGUCUGAAGCUUUGUCAAAGCAAAGGGCAGCUGCGGCGUCUGCUGCUGCGGCUGCAGAGAAGCAGCGUGGCAAAGAGAGGGGCAUGGAGAAGGGCAAAGGGAAAGCCGUUGGGAUUGGUGGGGAUGGUGGGAAGGAUCAGCUGUGGGAAGCAGGUGCAUGCACUGGUAACCAUGGCCGGGGCUUUAUCCAGUUCAAGUGCCGCUUCUGCUGCUCCACUGCCUCGUACUUCUGUUUUGGCACGACUCAUUUCUGUGCCGAGUGCCAUGAGACUCGUCCCGACUCUUCGCGUUCGACCUACAUCGUACCGCAAUGUACUGGUGGGGAUAAGUGCCCGUUGCGCCUGGUGUGGCACCCUCGCGCUCCUGACGAGUUUUGUCUCGGUUGUGCAUUGUGUCGGUUACAAGGGCAAACGAUGGCACAUGGACAGAGAGGAGGACAGGGUUAG